CCUGGUUCCUUCGCUAUUGUCCUCUGAGCUGGGCUAAUCGAGACGAAAGCGAUUAUGUGCUUUUAGCAUCACCGUAGCGACACAAGCGUCUGUAUAUUCCCAGCAACUUGCUCGCAAUUCUGUGAGCCCCUGCUUGCGCACGCGAUCACCAACUUCCCCUUUCACCUUCAUUACUGCACACGAUGCCGAAAACAUGGUGGGAACGCGAGGCCAUCGUGUAUCAGGUCUGGCCAGCAUCCUUCGCCGACUCGAACAACGACGGCUUUGGUGACAUUCCCGGUAUUAUCUCCAAGCUAGACCACAUCAAUUCCCUCGGCGCCAAUACCUUAUGGGUCUCUCCCCACUAUGCCUCCCCGCGGAUUGAUGAGGGAUACGACAUAUCCGACUACAAGGCCGUUUAUCCACCGUUUGGGACGAUGGAAGACACGGAGCGGUUGAUCCGCGAAUGCCAUCAGCGCGGACUCAAGAUUAUCUUUGACCUCGUCAUCAACCACACCUCCGAUCAGCAUGCCUGGUUCAAGGCAUCUCGCUCUUCCAAAUCGAACCCCAAACGUGACUGGUACAUUUGGCGUCCUGCCAAGUACGACGAUAAGGGAAACAUGCUUCCCCCAAACAAUUGGCGGAGCUACUUCAACGAGAGCGCCUGGACGUGGGACGAGCACACACAGGAGUAUUAUCUCCAUCUAUUCUGCAAGGAGCAGCCUGACCUGAACUGGACGUGUGAAGAUGCAAGAAAGCAAAUAUAUCAAGAUGCUAUCAUCUUCUGGCUCGAAAAGGGCAUCAACGGGUUUCGUGUCGACACAGUAAACAUGUACUCCAAGCCGAUGGACUUUCCAGACGCCGAAGUUACCGACUCAGACAACCCAUACCAGCCGGCGCACUCGCUCUUCUGCAACGGACCGGAGAUGCCAAAGUAUCUGCGCGAGAUAAGCGCGAUUUUUGACAAGUACGACGCCAUGACUGUGGGCGAACUCCCUUCGACGCCAGACUUCAAGCAGGUUUUGCGCUACAUUGACCCAAACGAUCCUCAGCUCAGUAUGGUCUUCUCCUUCGAUCACGUCUCUCUAGACCGAGGGGAAGGUCAGCACUUCUACCUGCGGUCCUGGAAGCUCCCAGAGCUCAAGAACGCCAUCGCGCACAUGCAGACUUUCGUGCGUAACUCGUCUCCACCGGCUAUCGCGGCCACUUACCUCGAGAAUCACGAUCAGCCGAGGUCCAUCAGCAGGUUCUGCCCUGCUGCUCAGACACCCGAGGAGACUAAGCGAGCAGGCAAGAUGUUGGCUAUGUUUCAGACUGCCAUGUCAGGUGCGCAAUUCAUCUAUCAAGGCCAGGAAAUCGGUAUGACAAAUUUCCCGGACACUUGGGGCCCUCACGAGUACAAAGAUGUUGACAGCCUCAACUACUACAAUUAUGUCGUAGCACACUCGGGGGACGAUACGUCCAAGCCAGGUGAAGUCCUCAAAAAGAUCAACCGCAUUGCGCGUGACAAUGCGCGCACGCCCGUGCAAUGGUCCUCCGCGCAACCAUAUGCGGGGUUCAUGGCGCCAUCGCAAGGCGGCGAAGGCAAGCAGCUGCACAAGCCGUGGAUGCGCAUCAACGACAAUUACAAGGAUGGUAUCAAUGUUGAGGAUCAAGUUCACGAUCCCGACUCCGUGCUUGCAUUCUGGAAGCAAGCCAUCGCGAUGCGUCAAGCACGCCCUGCCCUGUUCGUCCAUGGAACAUAUGAGCCACUCGACCAUGAAAACCAGCAUACGUUCUCAUUCCUCAAGAGGGCAGAGGACGGGAAGGGGACUGUCGCGUACAUCGUGCUCAACUUCAGCGAGAAGCAACAGACCUUCACGCUUCCUACUGAGCUGCAAGGUCGGAAGGUGGAGCUGCUCAUGGGCACGCAGCAAAAGGUCCAUCUACAGGAGCAUCGGCUUGGCGGGUAUGAAGGCAGGAUUUACGUCGCUUCUUGAUCAUAGAUUGUGACUUUAGAGAAUACAAUUCGUGUGCUGCCCGUAUGCACCGUCUCGUAAUUUAAUUUGCAACUUUCCC